AUGACGACAAUUGCUCUCCCUCGCCCUGCGAUCCCUUCAGGCCAUAUCCGCUCCUCCUCUCCGCGGCCCCUGGCUCCCAAUCUCAGUCUCGAUCAUAUCAACUCCUCGGCAGCAUGCCCAAUUCCUAUUCCCAACAAGCAUUUGCCUGUCUGUCCUCCUGGUCCCGCCCCGGCCGAAAAGCCUGAUACCCCUCCACAGUCCCCACCGUCGAAAGAGCUCUCUCUCCAACCGCGCUCCCUCCUCCAUCCUCCCGAUAAAUACAAAGCACAACUUCUGGGCACGUCCACUGUUUACGAGAUCGGUGCCGCAGAAGUGGCUGCUGCUCUGGACCACAUUGCGGGACAACCUCUGCCAGACCCAUCCCAAGUCUUCCCUUGGUUUCACGGCCUUCAUCCUUGUAACCACAUUCAACAAGCCUUUUUCAUCGCCAGGCGGCGGAACUUGAGGAAGACCCCAAAAUGUUUGCGAGGCAUAACAAUUGUCAAAGCUGGUGGGGAUCUGAGCUGUUCGAGGCUCAAGGGUGCAAUUGCCCCGGAGGAGUUCUUGCUUCAGGACCUUGCUGGAGCAGUCUUCAGAGAAGUGGAUCCGAAAGAAGGGUUUUCCGUUCGUAAUUUCCAGAUUCAAGCCGCCAAGUCUGCCAUGGUUUCUGAUAUCCUGGUCUAUGGUGAGGAUGAAUUUGAGGUUCAGAGGCUCGCUAGGGAUUGUGCAGCCGCCCAGCAAUCAUGGCGGGAAACGCAUGAAGAAAAGGGGCACGAGCUCCUCAGGUAUAACACUUUUGUUUGCACAAGCCCCUUUGAGGAGUUCGAGGAGAAGUGCCCUGAAAUUGUUGCUACCGAUUCUCGGGGGCAGAUGACGGGCAAUGUCAUGGACUUCUUCUACCAGGAGAGACUAGAGAUGUGUACGAUGACGAAGGCCUCGGAAAUUGAUCACAACGUCUGGUUAGGCCCCACUCCUGAUUCUUCUAUAGAUCCGGCUUUGCUCGGCAGCGAUGAGCAAUUCGACAUCCUCAUCGAGUGCAGUGAUCUGGGUCGAUUGAAUCCAGCUUCCCUCCAGGCGAUUGCAGAGAAUACCACUGAUGACCAUCCUGUGUAUCUCGACUUUCCAUCAUCUGGCAGUAUUAUGCCACCAACGUGGUCUCAAGCAGAAGCGGAUGGUAUUCUAGAAACGUGCAGAUGGCUUUACAACCUCUCCCAUGGCAUUCUCCCUUCGACCCCCCAGACACAAGAGAACGAUGCUGAAGGGGAUUCUCCUAUGCCCUUCUCUUCGCCACCGCCUACUAGGACUCGAGAAAGGAAAAUACUGAUCCACUGUACCGAUGGGUAUACAGAAUCGACACUCCUUGGCCUGGCAUAUUUUACGUAUGCCACAGGUCUUCCGGUCCCCACGGCUUGGCUUGAUUUGCACGUCUCCAAAGGACGCAACUUUUUUGCUUAUCCUUCCGAUGUAGCCUUACUGACUACAAUUGCCCCACGCCUCUUAUCCGAAUCCCCCACCCAUGCUGAGAAAUCCCUUUCCGACAUUACUGAGCUGGCAAAGGAUGAGCCUGAGUGGAUCAAGAACAUGGAUGGCUCUCUUCCAAGUCGAGUUACUGAUUAUAUGUAUCUGGGAAAUCUGGGGCAUGCAAACAAUCCCGAUCUCUUGAGACAGAUGGGGAUAAGACAGAUACUCAGUGUCGGAGAAACUGCUGUUUGGAAGGAUGGAGAGUUGAGCAGGUGGGGAAAAGACAAUGUGAUGGUCGUACAGAGGGUACAGGACAACGGCGUUGACCCUUUGACGGAGGAAUUUGAGAGAUGCCUUGCAUUCAUAGAUCGUGGCAAAGCCAACGGCACCGCGACACUCGUCCAUUGUCGCGUUGGUGUUUCAAGGUCAGCAACAAUUUGUAUCGCGGAAGUGAUGCGAUCUUUGGGACUAUCAUUUCCUCGUGCAUACUGUUUUGUGCGAGCUAGACGAUUGAAUGUCAUCAUCCAGCCACAUCUCCGCUUUUCUUACGAGCUUCUCAAAUGGGAGGAGAAACUCCGAAGGGACACUCAUCAGGAAGGGCGAUUCAGGAGAGAAUUGGAGUGGCCGGAUAUCGCUCGCGAAGUGGCUGCCAUGAAUAAGCCAUAUGCGAGGUGA